AUGAACAAGCCCGACGCGGGAAUGCGCGAUGUGAACCACUACGCAAACAAACUCCCAAAAUGGCGGCAUGCUGUGCGACAAUUCCUCAUUCCCAUCGUACGCGCCGAAACUCCAUACCUAGCCUGUAUGCAAGAGAAAUAUCGUACUCCUGCGCUCGACUCGUACUUUGCCUUUACGGCCAAUCUAGGCACACACACUUUCUUCAUGAUCAUGUUGCCCAUUCUAUUCUGGUGUGGCUAUACGAGCAUAGGAAGAGCAAUGGUGAACGUUCUCGCAGCUGGAGUCUUUUGGAGUGGAUUCGUCAAAGACAUGCUAUGUCUCCCUAGACCUUUGUCACCUCCGCUACAAAGAAUUACCAUGUCGGGAUCCGCUGCGCUGGAGUAUGGGUUUCCUUCAACGCAUUCGACAAACGCCAUAUCCGUGGCAGUGUGCGCUAUACACGGGCUUCGACAAAGCACUACUGGCGAAAAUAGCACACUAUAUCUCGUCUUCCAGGGCCUUUUCUGUUUCUAUGGACUUUCGAUCGUGGUCGGGCGCCUGUAUUGUGGUAUGCAUGGCUUCUUCGAUGUCGUUAUCGGCAGCAUACUCGGCGCUUUGAUUGGAUUAUUCCAGAUCAUCUUUGGAGACUGGUUUGAUUUAUGGAUAACCCAGGACCAUUAUAUCAACCCUCUGAUCGCAGUCCUGAUCAUUCUAGUUCUCGUUCGAAUACACCCAGAGCCAGCAGAUGACUGCCCGUGCUUUGAUGAUAGCGUUUCUUUCGCAGGAACGGUCAUCGGAUGUCAGAUUGGGAUGUGGCACUAUUCCCAGACCUCUUACUCUACCGAUAGUCCUAUUCCUGGUACAGUUCCGUACGAUCUACAAAGCGUCGGCUGGUUGUAUAGCUUUAUACGCUUGGUUAUUGGCGUUUUGGUCAUAUUUGCUUGGAGAGGCACAAUGAAGCCUACACUCCUCAAGAUACUUCCGCCCGUAUUUCGUGUUAUCGAAAGUGCCGAGCUCAAUCUUCCAAGACGAUUCUUCCUUCAAGCCUCGCAGUACACAAGCGUGCCCAAUCUUCGCAAAGACGACAACGUCAUCCCGCCCGCCUCCGACCUUCCUCGCCUUUUCACUACUCUCCGACAUCCACGCAAACGCGCGAUUUCCGUUGGGCCACAGUCAGCCGCGGAUGCUUACGAAACUCUCGCCUACCGCCAGCGUAAACGACGUGAGUCCAUGGACUCUGACCGAGCAACAAGCCCUGGUCCUAAGAGCCGCAACACCACUGAUGAAUCACACUCAUCAGCAACCUCCAGCAACCCGAAUCGACCCCUCAAGAUCGACAUCCUUGCUCCUCAAAUGGCCGAUCGCUUGAACGAACACGAGAAAGCAAUGGGUACUGGCGAUAUUAGCAAAAUCGAUAUCGCCGUGGAAACACCCAUGGGUGAGCGAAUCAAUCCUCUCGAAGAGGAAGAAGAAAGGGAGGACAGGGAGAUGUUCGAUAGGCUGGAGCGACCUCGUGUGAGAUAUGAUGUCGAGGUUGUGACAAAGCUGAUCAUAUACUCCGGGAUCGGGUGGCUCGCCGUCGAAGGCAAUCCGUUCUUCUUCGAGUUGGUCGGGCUUGGAAUGAGGGGUUCGUAA